CUCGAACGCUUCCGGCUGCAGUGCCCACCCACACCGCCGUCGACUUUUUGCUAUGCCGAGCCCACGUCGACGAGACGCGAGAAGCACCCUUGUUUGGCUCCUUGGCUGCCCCCAGACGACUCGCUGGGAGUCUCUCUCUCUCGUCACCCUUCUCAUGGCAAGUCUCAAGUGUCAGUCGUUGGUAGUCUUACCGUACGGCGCUAAUGCAAGAAGAGUGUACGAAGAGCGAGGUCGAGAACCAGCAGUCCCCUUCCCUUUCGCAGCCCACAUCCCUAUCAGCUUUCAUCGGCUUUGGUCGCCUAAACCUCGGCCAACUAAUUGCAAGGCGACGAAGACGGAAGCUCUUCUUAUUGCACCGCCGCUGCUGCUGCCAUCGCCGAGCUUCGAGCCCAUGGGAACUAGUGUCGAUCCCACACACACUGUCACCCCGCCCAGCAUGCUUGUGCGCGCAUGUUGCACCUUCGAGCAUGAUGAUCUCCGAUUGGAAGCGCCGUCUUUUCAUCGUCAGCUCUUUUUUCUACCUCCGGUAUAUCCUCCUAAACCCUCCUCUCCCUCCUCCAGCACCGCUCCUAGUCAUGCCACCACCACGAUGCCGAUUGUUUGGGUCGUGCGAGUGACCGAGGAUCUGAGACAUCUGAGACCUCCCGUCUCGUCGCACCGCUUUUCUGCCUCGCUCCCCUCUAUUUUUCAUCUGCCACUAGCUAGCGAACCGUUGCCUCGGAGUACCAGUAGCAGCAGCAGCAGCACCGACAGCGACAGCACCUGCUAGGGGAAUAGCGGCCGCAGAUUUCGUCUUGCUUGGUGCUUGGACCCAAGUAGCCAAGGCGAGCAAGGAGCGAAGGAGGUGCAGCCGUCGCCGUGAUAGGAUGGUCCAAGGCUACCUUGCUUCCUCUCUUCUUACAAAUUCCUCUUUCUUCAUUCCAGCAUCAGCUUCAGCAUCAGCAUUAUC